GGGUGGAAUGGAAGAUUAGAUUAUAAUUUUCUGUAUGCGCAGAAUAAUAAAGUUCAGUUCUGAUUGGGGGUUUCUAUUGAAUAAAGACUUUAGAUGAUUUUAAUCCUGACCCCUGAAUGUUUUAGACCCUCCCAAACAACUCACAACACUCCAAAAUUGCAUCUUUAAUUUGUAUUAGACUUCAUUACAAGAAUGACAAGUUGCUCGAGUGUUGGUGUGACAUUUAUGGGAGAUUCCUCCAAAGUUGAUGUAUUUAACAGUUUUUAGAAGGAAAGAUGGCCUGGAACUUAGUAAUGAGUUGGGGUAUUAAAUACGUACUUAUCUUCCUAUGUGAACAUUAUCAGUAAUUAGUAUGAACAAUGCAAAAUGGGAAAGUACCAAUAUGCAUUAAAUGUCAUUAAUGCCAGCCUUGCAAUGUUGCGAAUAUGGAUAGGAAAAAAAAAUGUUUUUUCCCAUUGUAACCCACUAGUAUAAUCACUCUGUGCCUCUUUUCCGUCAUUUGAACAAAUAAAGAUCAUUUCAACUUUCAGAGAACUUGUAAUCUUUUCCCUUUAUUUGCUGGUCAAACUCAAUUCUUGGGCUUUUCUUUCAAUAAUCAGACUUUAUUCAAUGGUAGGAUCUGUUCUCUUAUUACUCAAAUCUGUGCUCUUUCUGUUUCUGAUUUUCAUUUCCUUUUCCCUGAAACCCUAACUCUCAUUUCUAGACUUUCCUUAAGGAGAAGACUUAGGUUUUUUCCUUCUCUUGCUUGUUUCUCAUUUGUCUGUGUCCUUUAACCUGAUUUCUCCCAUGUUGUGAAGAGUAUUGCCUCCCAUUUAUACCCGAAGCAAGAGACCCUAGUUCCUUUAUCUUUGAGAAUGCAUAUCUCACACUCUUUUUUCCUUUCCAAAGUAACUGUAAUUUGUCCAAUUUUCCAAGAAAGUACCAAUGUGUUUAGCUAAUACAGUAAUCCUGGGGUUUCUUAUCAUGGAGCUUCUGUGUAUUUGUAGUCCUGAAAACGUAGUGCUUAAAGCUUCACAAAACAGAAGUAUGUUGGAGCUAUUUUGGAGUGGCAAAUCAGCUGGCUAUCUUCUCAAUUCCUUUUAAACUUCUCAUUUUCUUGAGUAAGUUCUGCUCAGUUUUAGUUAAAUUGUCCAUCCAAGACUUUUUUGGAUGAUGAUUUCAUUUUAUUCUUGCUCUGUAAAUCAUUGUUAGGCUGUUCCUAAGACUGGAUGCAUCCAUUUUUUUUUUAGUUUUGCUGAAAGCCCUCAGAUUCAUUUCACUCUCUAUUCUAGAGGUCUUUGAAGAUGUUUUGUACUCCAUUGGUUGCAUAACCAAAACUGGGCAUUAAGUUUGUGAGGCUUCUGUUGUUUCUUUCUGGACACCAAAACUUAAGGCUUUUCCAGUAAUGAAAAGAGCAGAGUAUUUUUCAUCCUUGCCAUCUUCCUCCUCUUUCUUUAAUACACCCUCACACACAUCAAUUGAUGCCCAUUCUUGGCUGGUAGCUGAGCAAAGUGUCCAACGUAUAUUGUCUACCAUACAACCAACUGUGGCUUCUGAGCAUAGGAGGAAUGAAGUUAUUGGCUACCUUCAAAAUAUAAUCAGAGAAUAUUUUGGGACAGAGGUUCUCCCAUUUGGCUCAGUGCCACUGAAAACCUAUCUUCCUGAUGGAGAUAUCGACCUGACGGUUGUUUGCCGUCAAAGUACUGUGGAGGAUUUGACCGGAUAUAUAUGCAGUUUCCUUGAACGUGAAGGGAAGAAGGACACCGAAUUUGUUAUAAAAAAAGUUGAAUACAUUCAUGCACAGGUUAGGCUUGUGAAAUGCGUUGUGCAGGAUAUAGCAGUAGACAUCUCUUUCAAUCAAAUAGCAGGGCUCAGUGCUCUGUGCUUUCUUGAGCGGGUUGAUCAAUUUAUUGGGAGAGACCAUCUUUUCAAACGCAGUAUAAUCUUAAUUAAAGCUUGGUGCCACUAUGAGAGCCGGAUUCUUGGUGCACUCCAUGGCUUGAUAUCAACAUAUGCAUUGGAUUUGCUAGUCUUGCAUAUAAUUAAUCUCUUUCAUUCGUCAAUAGAUGGUCCUUUUUCAGUCUUGUUUAGAUUUUUGGACUACUACAGCACAUUUGACUGGAAAAAAUACUGCGUUAGUUUAAAUGGUCCGGUUUCCAUAUCUUCUCUGCCAGAAAUAAUGGUAGGGGCACCACAAAAUGAUGGGAGUGACUUGUUGCUUAGUAAGGAGUUUUUGAAGAACGAAACAGAUAUUUUCUCAGUUUCAACAUGGGAACUUGAGACUAGAGAGCAGGCAUUUCCUUUAAAGCAUCUUAACAUCAUUGAUCCUCUGAAAGACAACAACAACCUGGGGCGAAGCGUCUGCCAAGGCAAUUUUUAUCGGAUAGGAUAUGCUUUAUCCUAUGCAGCUCGGAAACUUGAAGAGGUCAUUAUGCUACCUCCAGAAAGAAUUGAUGAGGGAUUGAAGAAGUUCUUUGAGAACACUUUGAAUUGGAAUGCAAUGGGGCGUAGGCAAGAUGUAAGAGUUCCUGUUCCAGUAUUUGGCUUUGGGGAACCUGAGGUCUCUGACCUCAGUGUGGACUACAACAGUUACUUUACCCAUUUGAUGUAUUUCCAUUACUAUCACAAUCAGAACUCAUCUAUACGGUUCGGCCCUCCUACAUUAUCUUUACAAUUUGCCAAUCUGUAUUUUGUCUAUCCAACAAACACGGAAGGUUUUGUGCCAAGACCAUUCUACCUUCCAUAUGUUGCUCAGUCAUCAAGUACUGCUUUGGGUGAUGAAGAAAUUAUGAAGUUUCUUGGAACUGGCACUUACUUCUCUACGGGAAUUGUUGCAGAGAAUUUGUACUCACAAGGUAUAGGCACAUACAUUCCGAUUAUGGAGUCACGAGGAACAGGAAUGUUCAUCCCUAAUAUUCGCAUUGAAGAAAAAAUGCCGCAAGCUAGGUGCAUCGUUGGAAUGGAUGUUGAAGACAAGGUGAAGUCAGAAGGAAGAUUUAUACCUGAUAAGGGUGUCAAGGAAAAAGGAAAAAUGUCACUAGGAAGAGCUAUAUGCAUCUCUGGAAUGGAUGUUGAAGGGAAGGUGAAGUCAAUAGGAGCAGAAACAUUUAUAUCUAAUAAGGGUGUGGAGGAAAUGAAAAUCCCCAAUAUGGAUGUAGAGGAAAUGAACAAAUCUCAAGGAUCAGUAACCAAAAUCCUCGAUGUGGGUGUAGAGGAAAAAUCUCAGCCAGGAGGAACAGCUACAUAUAUCCUCAAUGUGGGUAUCAACAAAAAUGGUGAGUCACAAGGGUCUGGCAUAUACAACCAUUAUGUGGGUGUUGAAGGAAACACAAAAUCACAAGGAAAAGGAAAACACUCAUCUGAAUUGGUAUAUCAGCCAGGAGGAACAGCCACAUAUAUCCUCAAUGUGGGUAUCAACAAAAAUGCUGAGUCACAAGGGUCUGGCAUAGACAACCAUUAUGUCGGUGUUGAAGGAAACACAAAAUCACAAGGGAAAGGAAAACACUCAUCUGAAUUGGAGAGGGAAAGUCCCAAGAAGCAGAUGCAUAUCUGGGAAAGGGAGAUUGACGCUGGACAGAAAACCCUAGGUUUAAUGCCGAAAUCGUCUCUAAAGAAUGAGCAUGUUAAUGUUUUGUCAGAGACCGAGGACAGCUGUGGCUGUAUUGAUCUAUCACUGGAAGAUUUGCCCCAUCUUUCUGCCACUAAGAAGACCAUACCAUCAAAAGCUCCACAGCCUGAUCAAGCCACUAUAGAGUCCUCACAAGCCAAAAAAUCAUCACACCUCUCAAAGAGAGUUGAGUUUGGGUUUUUUGGGCCUUCACUGCCACCAUUGAUACUGUCUUCGCCAAUGGCAGACUCUGAACAACCAGAAUCGUCCGAACAUAAGGAAGAUAGGAUUCCGGUACAACCAUACAGACUGACAGAUGAAAAGGACUUCCCGCCUUUGUCUCAGUGAACGUAUUUUAGAGAAAGGAGUUUUAGGUGGAAUGACAAAAACAACAGUAUGGCCAAUGACAUUUUAGCUUACUUUCUUGUUUCGCAGUUAACUUCUGCUUGCAGAGUAAUGUUCCUGCCAUUCCCAAGUUUUCCUAAGUAAAUGUUGACUUUCUUUACAAAUAAAGAACCUGUAAUUUGCUUUUGUUUUCCCUCUUUUUGUUUUGUUCUAGGAGAUAAAUGAUAAAGAAGUAAAAGAUGUUUUAUGCUGCCUAUGCUGGUUACAAACAAUGUUUGGUUGUUUAGUUAACAAAUGUUUUGUUGAACUUA